AUUGAGAAACAUGAUGCAGCAACUUCUCACAGGGAUGGCAAGUGCCAAUACUACUUCACAUGAUGAAGUUGGCAACAUAUUUCUCUCCAGAACGAAGAUCUUUGGAAUUUAAGCUUGUGUUUCCAGAAGUUGCGAGAUGCAGGUGUGAUUGUUACAUUAGUACUAAAGUCUGAGUGAAGUCAGUAGUUUAGCGAAAAGAAUUUUUUGAAGGAGUUUCGUUGUUUGCUGCACAGACUGUGAUACAGAUUGUGUCGCCAUCUAAUUCUUAAUUUUCGAGGACCCUCUCAGCGUCUACCGGUCACUCGAAAUGGCUAAGUGGGGUGAAGGUGAUCCCCGAUGGAUCGUUGAAGAACGACCAGAUGCAACAAAUGUCAACAACUGGCAUUGGACAGAAAAGAAUGCCUGCCAGUGGUCUGUUGAUAAACUCAAAGAAUUGUUGACAGGUCUGAAAAUUGAAAAUGCACUUGCUAAAUGUCGUAUAACAGAGGUGGAGAAAUGUGAGGGAGAAGCAGUAGCAAACAACAGAAAAGGGAAAUUAAUAUUUUUUUAUGAAUGGGAAUUGAAGCUAAAAUGGAAAGGUUGUCUUCUUGAUUCAAAGAACACAGAAAUAGAAGGCACGGCAGAAAUUCCUAAUUUGAGCGAAGAGUAUGAUGCAUCAGAAGUUGAUGUAGACUUCAGUGUAAAAACUCACAGUGUGGAAGCUGACAGACUGAAGGAACUUAUUGCCAAAGAUGCAAGGGAUGUUAUUCGAAGUCAGUUGGCAAAAUAUAUAAAAGCAUUAAGGGAAGAAUUUGCUAAGGGCAUGAUACUGCCAAAGAAAGAGGAUGAGCAAGCAACAAAACAAGACAGCCUUGCUAGCUUAACUGCUGGUUUCAAAAGCAAGGUUCAAAUGGACAGUCCAAGCAAAGAAGGGUCAUCAAAAAAACUGAGCACAACUACUUUGACAAUGUCCGUGAAGCUUCAGUGCCGGAAGGAAGAAGUUUACAAUGCUCUCACAAGUAUUGAGCUAGUACAGGCUUUCACCAAUGGUCCUGUUGUGAUGGAAGUGAAACCUGGUGGAAAAUUCGAGCUCUUUGGUGGAAACAUACAUGGAGAAUUUUUGGAGUUGGUUCCUAAUGCUAAGAUCUGUCAGAAAUGGAGGUUCAAGGGAUGGCCUGAUGGUCAUUUCUCUGAUGUCACAAUGGACAUAGAGGAGCUAUCGGACUGUACGGAGGUGAAACUGGUACAGAAGGAUGUGCCAGAAAGUGAAAUGGAUACUACUAAAGAAAACUGGAAUCGUUACUACUGGGAUGCUAUGAGGAAAACAUUUGGAUUUGGAGCAUUCUUCGUGUGACUGGUGGAUAUUAAUCACAAAGUUUGCAGGAGGAACUGACCAUUCAUGCAUUCUUUUUUUUAUUAUUUAAUCUUUAGAGACUCAUCAGUUCUGUGUUAAAUCUUGUGAGCAAUAAUAAAUGGAGCCCUGUUGUGUUGCGCUAAAAUUUAUAUGGAACUAUUGCGAGUGUGUUAAGUUAUUGUUGCUUGAGGACAUUAUUAGCAUUUGUAUUUGGACUGGUUGGCUUGUAGGUUGCAGCCUUCUACGAGAAGAAAACAAAUGUUUGCAAAACGCACUGUUGUGUGUUUAAUUGUACUAUACGACAUUCAUCAUAAGAAUAAACCUCAUGUAAACAGUACACUAUGUAUUCUACAUUUGCUGGAACUUCAUUGGAUUUCGUUUCACGUGGAAUUGAAGCCAAGCUGUCUAAAGUACAGUCGAGUACAAUAAUAAGGAUACAUUAUAUGCUGCGUGUUUUAACAUGGACAGCACUGUCCAGCCACCUGGUCUAACUAACCUGCAGUGAUGUCAACAGUUGCAGUAAAGAUAUAAAAGAGAUGAGCAGAGAACAAUGUAGCUUUGAAUGUCAUUUAAUUUUAAAACAGAAGGAAAUAAUGGUAAAGCUCGAGCAAUACGCAUCUUAGGUGAUCUGAUGGAACACAUAACAUGCUCACGAUCUUAGCAAACAUAGUAUUGUAAUUAAAAACAGGAGUGAUGAAAAUUCCUUACUUUAACAAGGGUAAUUUUUCUCCUUGAGCUGUGUGUGGUGUAAAAGCGUUCUGAUUGGAGUUAACGAUGUAAUUAAAUAUUGAAGCCACUGAAGAUAUAACUGUCAGUUGCCUGGUAAUCUUGAACUCCCUCCAUAUCGAACUCCAAGGAAAACAGUACUGCUACAUUGAUGAUCAGGUGACCAGCAACAGAAUCUCAGGCCACCAAAAAGUCCCCAUGUCCUCCUAAUCUCCUUCUAUGACGUUCUGUUCUGCAUUUGGCAGCAACGUGUCAUGUAGCUUCGUGAAUUAGUUCUAGUACAUUUGGCAGCUUAAAUACCUUAUUUUUCGCAACAAAUCCGUUAACUGAACUCCAGAUCAAUUCUAUUUAGUCCAGAUUGCAGUGUUAAGGUGACAACCGUUAAAAUGCAGUAUUUGUACAGUGUGGUAGUUGAUAUUAAAAUUGCUGUUUCAUGUUUCAAUGAUGCUUAUCACUCUGGCUUGUGAGAGACCACAUCUGUCCUGCAAAACAAUGAGCAUAUUCAAACAAAGAAUAUCUGAUUUUUCAUUUUUCUCCAAAAAAUAUGUGAUUCUUUUUUUCUUAACUUCAACAAUAUUUAAAAAUCUUUCAUAAAAUAUUGAUAAUUAAGAUUGUGCAUUUGCAAUGAAAACCAGAAUUUUGCAUGUGCUAUGUAAUCAGUAGGGACCAGAAAAUGUAGCACCUAUGUUUUGCAAAAUUCGCGUAUAUUUUUGUCGAGAUUUGCAACUGUUUUCUUUGUUUGUAAAUGAUUAGAGGCACCAAUUUAAAAGGCUCUUGUGCUACAUGAAUGAAGAUUAAAUUAUUAGUUCUUUAAAACUACUAUUGAAAAAAGUGCUGAUUGGGAACUUUUUGACUGGAAUGUCUGUUUUUACAAAAACUUACACCUUUUUCUUCUGAAAUGUCUUUUGCUUUCUUCGUUUGGGUGUAUUUAAGCUUUCAAAACUGGCUGUUUUGUUGAAAAGCAGCACCAUUUUCCCACCAGUUACGUGAAUGCAACUCCGAGAUAAGUUGUUUUAGGACCUUAUUUGUCUUUUCCUGCCCAAUUUUAAGAUCGAAAAAUCUGCAGAUUACUAAUUUUGACCUUUUAUGGGCUUUCAUAGUCCUGCUUGACAAUCCCACAGCUAGAACUGGCAAAUACUUAGCUUAGAAAUAGAACUGAAAGAACAGCAACUCGAUUUUAGCAUUAGGGGAAGAAUUCCAGUGCCAUCAAUAAAGUUAUAGAUUUUGUUUCCCAGUCUCUGUAGCGCAGUGGGCAGGAGUUACAGGCUAUAGUCACAGAUGGCCGCAAGCGUAAACGGAACAGAAUGUUGUUCACCAAAUGAGGAGUGCUGGUGCAGGGAAACAAGCCCCGCCUCCAUUUCAUUGGGCAGCAGCCUCCAACAGAACUGUUACAUUGUCACAGGGAUAGCCCAAUCUAAUUACAACCUUUACAACACAAGAAAAGAAGACUUGAUUGACCAGGAUUAGUCACUUCACCUAUUUCAAAAGGCCGGCCGUGGUGCUCUCGCGGUUCUAGGCUCGCAGUCCAGAACCGUGCGACUGCUACGGUCGCAGGUUCGAAUCCUGCCUCGGGCAUGGAUGUGUGUGAUGUCCUUAGGUUAGUUAGGUUUAAGUAGUUCUAAGUUCUAGGGGACUGAUGACCACAGCUGUUAGGUCCCAUAGUGUUCAGAGCCAUUUGAACCAUUAUUUAUUUCAAAAGAACAAAAGAAAACAAUGAGCAACACUCAGCACAAAGCAUUUGGGGAUGGCUAUCGUGCAAUGGAUUGUUGAAGUGAGCAGAGUAUUGUUAACGAUGUAGUUCAGGCCCAAUCUCCAGCGGUAUUAGAUGCAACUACAGUUCAAAACAUCCGCCACCUAAUUUGCCACGUUAAAACUGUCCGCAUUAUACUAUCUUUCGAGCUAUAGGUAACGUAUACAUUUCUUUCUUGUAAAGUGCUAGGUCCCAUCACUGAGUACAUUGCAUUACAUGACAUGUGCCUUUAACAGACCAUUCAACUGCCCACAAUUGGCAUGCCAUCAGAUCAUUGAGCGCAUUGAUACAUCAUAGAGUUCUACACUUCAUUUUGCAAGUACGUUCUUGCGCUCAUUACCUUCCCAAAUUGGGCUUUGCUAGAUGAUUUAAAAUGCCAGUAACUGCUUACAUUGCCCGUAUUAUACGCAGAAAAUAAAACUAUUUCAAACUAUCUCUGAUAAAUAGCUCAUGUGGUUUCAUUUCACUAUGAAACAGUCGAUUACAUAAUUUUGUGUUUGCACAUUUUGAGGCAGAGUUCAUAUCUAUUUUGCAUUUAUCGUAAAAUGCAAAUUUUUCUGGUCCUUAGUAAUUAGAAAAUAAGAUGUGCAUUUUUCUUGAAAAAAUGAUGGUUAAGGAUCAGUUAAUUACCCUAUAUUUGAUGAAUUUCAUAUUUAAAUGAUUUAGGUAUUCAAACUGAAAAAAAAAAGUUGUAGACUACAACAGGUUUUUAUCUGCUGCCAGCUAUGAUGCUACUGAAUACACCACACACAAAUUAAAUUACUCUCCCUUAUAUUUAUUACAUUUUCACAAAAAAGUCUGAUGGAUUUUCUCUGUAAUCUUGUGAAAAACAUUAAGAGCUACUAGUUUCUAGCCAUUAACGGUGUUCCGUACACAUUUCACUAUGAAGCAAGAAGCAGUGUAACCCAUUUCCAUGGUACAUACGAACGACGAUACAAUCAGAGCACGAGCACAAGUAGUGCUUACAGAGACUGUGCGUGCUUACAGAGACUUUGACUGUGACUGUACCUGAUUUUUGAAGUAAAAAUUGCAUAGCUAAAGUGUGAUUCAGAAAAAAACAUUGAUGGCUGUUAAUACAUCAGAAUGUCUUAGUUUCUUUUACAGUGACAUAGUAAUAAGAUUUCUAAUACACAAGUUGGACCUACUUUGAAGAGCCAAACAACGCCAGUUUAAGAGAGCUACGGCUGCUGACAAAUUGUCGCAUUUGUGUCUGUUUACAUCAGAUUUAUUCUUAUGAUGAAUGAGGUAUAGAUUAUUUCUGUUGUGUAAUGUUAUGUUUGCUGCUGGUGAUAACGUUCCAUUUGCAAGUACUUAAGUCAGUAAAAUGUUGGUAAGUGAUAAGAUGUUCCUCAAACACUAUACAGUGUAUAUUGUUUUGCCACAAUAUCUUCAGUAGUUUUGUAUUAAUGUCUGAAAGUAUCUUCCAUAACCUAGCCAAUGACGCUAACUUUAAGGAAUUUCCUUAAGAUGCAAAAAUGAUCAUUGGCAAAGGAAUGCACACAUUGAACGUGUCACAAAUUGUACAAAACUUAAAAACCUGUAAGGUAAUUUAAUACAGAUACAUGUGGUAAAUAAAAUAAACUGCUUGAGAAAAGA